AUGGCCGCUCGUCUCGCACUGGCAAUUGCAGUGCUGACUUUCACGAAUAAUCGCGAUGUUUUUGCUCAGAGACCUCGCGGUCCGAUGCGAGCGGGUCCAGAGGCGCGUGGUCGUGAGCAGUUUGGCGGUGCAGGUAAUGGCAACGGAUUUGGUAAUGGAAUGAACGGUCUGAAUGGAGGUGGCAACGGAUUCGGUGGUGGAAUGGGCAACGGUCUUGGUGGCUUUGGAGGCGGCGCUCCGGGUGGUGCCGGUGCAUUGGGUCAGUUUGGUCGUGGCAAUACCGGCGGCUUCAACCAGGCGGGUAACACUGGCGGUGGGUUCGGACAACCGGGUGGCUUCGGUGGUGCCAAUCAGUUUGGUAUCGGAGCAGGUGGCAACGGGGCUGCACUUGGUCAGGGUGGCCGCACCACGACCGGACUCAUGACUGGAGCUGGAGGUGAUGCUGCUGGGACUGGCAACGCGAUUGGGGGCGCAGCAGGAACAGGAAAUGGACGAGUGGGUAACGGGGGUCCUGUGACGCCUGCGCCGACAGUACCAGCCGGUCGACCUAACAACGGAGCGGGUACCGGUGCAACCUCUGGAAGAGCUGGAGCAGGAGCUGCUGGUGGUCUUGGAGCUGGUGCUACUGGAGCUGGAGCUGGAGCUGCAGGUGCUACUGGUGGAAUCCCGGGAGCUGGUGGGCUCGGCGGGGGUCAAUUUGGCGGAAUGGGAGGAGGAAUCGGUCAACGGGGUCAGGGUCGUCCAUUUGGCGGUGGCAUGGGCGGAUUCGGCGGGCGUCCGGGUGCCAACGGAGGUAUGAACGGCUUCAAUGGUCUUGGUGGAAUGAAUGGUGGUGCUGGAGGGUUUGGUGCUCAAGGCAACCGGUUCGGCUCAGCCGGUGGUGCAUUUGGUGGUGGCAUGGCUGGUCAAACGGUAGGAAACGGCGGUGACCUGUAG